UCACGUCAGCAGUGCCACGUCAGCCACAGUGCCACGUCAGCAGUGCCACGUCAGCCACAGUGCCACGUAAGCAACAUUGCCACGUCAGCAGUGCCCCGCCACCAUGACGGGCACAGCGCUGGGCAUGCCAGGCCAACUGGCCAACGAGAACAGCGCCAGCUGGCAGCCGAGGCUGCCCGCCUACAGGCUGAAGCAGCGGCUCCAAGCCGAAGCUGACGCAGAUACCCAGGCACGCCGCAAGGAAGCCCAGGAUCUGCUGCAGCGGCAUGAAGCCGCCAGCAUCGAAAGACUCAAGUUCUGGCACUUUCAACCGUCCAACGGCGACGACGCGACACCGGAGGAGCAGCACAAGGAGUUUAUGGCCAAACUCAUGACCAGGCUGGUUUACACUUGUAACCACCUGCAGUCCGAGCUGGCGAACCUCCAGCUGGCCGUUCGGAACCAUAAGCCUCAGCACGAGGAUGCCACACGGGCACUUGACGCCCGUGUACAGGACUUGGAACAAAUUCCACCAAGACCGGAGGCUGGUGAAUCCAGCAGUGCACCAUCUGCCCGCCAACUGGAGGAACGCGUUGACCACGUAGUGGCAAUGCUAGGAGACAUCAGUGCCAUCGCAGAGCCGGCCACCAUCAGCCAGCGGUUCAAUGUGCUGGACACCAAGAUCAGUCAGCAACAGCAAACUGACCACAGCCACAACAACAGCUCGGCGAGGCCUUACAAGAUGCCGACGUUCCGGAUCGAGAAAUUUGAUGACUAUACACAUCAAGACCCGGUCGUCAGGUGGCAAGGAUUUACAACGGAGUUGGGGAUUCACGAGGUCCCCGACCAUCUGUUCAUCAGCGCUCUGUUCAUCAACACCAAGGGAGGAUGUCAGAUCUGGCUCAGCCACAUGGCAACCAUCCACGGCGUCCAGGUUACAGACCUGCACAAGAAGGUCUCCUGGGAGGAUAUGACAAAGGAAUGGAAGAAGCGGUUCAUCGUCGACGACGCCCCGACACUCGCCAUCAACCGCAUCUUCACGAUGACUCAAGGGAGCACACCGACACGUGACUGGCUCACGGAUUGGCAGAAGAUCGUGGCCACGCCCGAUCCGGACUUGCCAUUUCCGCAUCUGCGCCGUGAGUUCUACAACAUGUCAUGCGCCGCUCUUAGCCUCGCACUGGGUGAUCGCGAGCAGUACAACACUUUCGCAGAGAUCAUCAACAAGGCGAGAGAGAUCAUCAAGACCAACAGGGCGGCUGCACACUAGAAGUCAACGUGGCAGCCAACCUAUGUGGAGAAGGCAAGAACUGGUCCGCGACAGCAGCAGUUCGCUGCAGUCCAAUCGGACAACACUGUGGAAGACCCGGCAACCACCCAAG